AUGCCUCCUAGGAAGAAGCGCAAGAGCGCGCCGGCGCUGACGGUGGUGAGCGCCCCGGACCACAUCAGCGCCCUCCCCGACAGCAUGCUCCACCACGUGCUCUCCUUCCUCCCGGUUCAGGCGGCCGUGCGGACGUGCGUGCUCGCCCGGCGCUGGCGCCACCUCUGGAGGUCCACCACCGGCCUGCGCAUCGUCGGGCUCGAUGACAAGAAGCACCUCCGGAACUUCAUGCACCACCUGCUCGUCCUGCGUGAGCGCACCGAUCUAGACACUGUCGAGAUCAAGCUCGGGGUAUUCGUGGAAGAAGACCAGACUCACGUGAACCUCUGGACCCGCUUCGCCGUGAUGUGCAGUGCCCGGGCGCUCACCCUCCAUGUGAGCGGCCCUCUACGCCUCUACCUGGACGACCUGCCUCUCGUCUCUCGGCAUCUCAGAACGCUGGACCUUCACGAUGUAGACCUACCAAAGAGCUUUAUUGAUUUCGCUGGCUGCCCAGCGUUGGAGGGUCUGAAGAUGAACCUCUGCAGCGUCAGCGUCGGCAGGAUAUCGUCGUGUUCCCUGAGGCAUCUGAGCAUCACCGGCUGCCACUUCGGCUUGGGUCGCCGGGUGAUCGUUUCUGCUCCGGGCCUCGUCUCUCUGAUCCUGAAACUAGUCGGAUCGUCGGACACUAAAACGCCUUGCCUUGAGAGCAUGGCGUCGCUAGAGACGGCGCGUGUUUAUCUUGGCCUUAACUGCGCGGAUGUAUGUUUGAAUUACGACGACUCUGGUCAUUUCUGUGGAGCUAAUGAUAAAGCAUGUAACAAUUGUGUUCCCAUUAAGGAUGAUGGCAGCGGCGAUGCUGUGCUUCUGGGUGGUAUCUCAAGUGCUACACAUCUUGAGCUGAGAUCUCUACCUAGAAAGUUCAUUUUCGCAAGAGAUUUGAAACACUGCCCUACAUUCAACAAGCUAAAGAGUUUACUACUCAACGAGUACUGGUGCGAGGCUCCUGGUUUGGAUCCACUGCUUUGCAUUCUGAAAAACUCACCAGUUCUAGAGAAACUAACUCUUCAACUGUUUUUGAUGGGACAAAAUAAUAAACUGCAUUUGAAAGGAAGCUACAAAUCAAUGGAGAGACCAUCUGCAAUAUCACGGCACCUUAACAUAGUUGAAGUCAAGUGUGACGUGGUCGAGGAGAGGAUUUAUGAAGUUAUCAAGUUACUGUGUGCUGCACUUAACAUACGAUUCAUUUUCGAGUAG